GUUUUGUCCCAGACUUGUGGAUUGAUUGGCAAAAUUCUGAGCCAACUUUGUUCUUUGAAGACUAUGCAAACUGAUGCAAGACAAGCACUCGAGACAGAAGAAAACAUUUCUAUCAAUCCAAAAAUAUUAGAGUUAUUUCCUGGUGCUUCUGAGAAGCAAGUCCUUGAGAGAGCUUUUCGAGUCAGACAGGAGGCUAUUGAAAAGGAAAUAAGCUUUCGUUGUAUUGAAGGCUUGAUAUUUCUUCGUGAAGGAUUGUAUAGCAACACGUUCUUUGAAGAGGCAUUUCGUAAGGAGAAUAUGAAGAAUCUUAGAGUAUUGGAAAUCGGAACAGGCUUUGGUCUUUCUCUUCGCUGUCUUGCCAAAGAAGGUAUAUCUGUGGAAAACAUAUAUGGCGUUGAUAUAUCAGAAAUUUUUUUGGAACUUGGAUUUCAUUUUAUGGAUGACAAAGCCAAGUUUGGAGAUAGAUUUCGUGUCAUGGAUGCCCUUGAGGAGAACUUUGUAGAAGAAAUAGAAGCUUGGGCUGGAACAGACCGUCCUUUUGAUGUUAUUGUUGCAAACUUAGUUCUCCAUAUUUUACCAGGAAAUAAUGAAAAAUUUGUUCAGCAUGUCUCUCGUCUCUUGCGUCCUGGUGGAGCUUUUCUCGGGCAAACAUUUGGAGUAGAAGAUUACUUUGAAGAGGCAUAUGAAUUUGGAAUCCAACGCAAAGCUGUGAUGCACAGUCCAGUGUCCCUUUCAUCCCUAUUCAACCGACACGGAUUAGAUCCCGUUCAUGUCGAUACAAAAGGAAGAGAAAUAGAUAAAGACGAUUUCAAAUGGAUAGAAGCAACAUUUGGUGUGGAUAUGCGUCCAGGAAAACCAAAGUCUUUGAUGUCCUUUAUAGGUUUUCGUCGUUGAUUCGUUUUGUGUUCGCUGAAAAUAAAACUUUUCUCAUUGGA